AUGCGCAGUCCAUUCUCUCGUAACACAGGCUUCUUUCUCGCGGGACCGGCACCCGCGGUCACUUUGCCAGGUUUACUUACCGGCGAGGCCGAUCAAAGCGUCGCCAAGUCGGGCUGCAAAAUGAAACUUCUGCUACGGAGGAUUGAUUCGCGUGGCAAUCUGCGCUAUCGCUUUGAUUUCCUUGCCAUGCCAGUGGCUGGAAGCACGCUUUUCGGGGUUAUGUUUGUGGGAAGGCGAUCGAAUUAUGUUCUGGACGAGCAUGGCGGAUGA